AUGGCUCAGGAGCAGGCACAGAACAAGGAGCACCCAGCCGUGCCGCUGCAUUGCUGCUCCAGUAGUCCUCCUCAGAUGCCAGAUGCAACGCCGAAGCAGAUCAAGAAAGCAUACUACAAUUGCAUGAAAUCAUGUCAUCCUGAUCUCAGUGGGAAUGACCCUGAUAUGACAAAUUUCUGCAUGUUCAUCAAUGAAGUUUACACGGUUGGAUUAAUGCUUGCUGGGAUGGGAGGCUCAGUUGAUGUGUUUCGGAUGGCAAGUUCGCGUUGGGAGAAAAGACAAGCCAAAGUCCUGGAGAAGGUCAGAAGGCGGAUGAGCCAAGAUGAUUCCAGUACGGGUGGCUCAUGGAGUGAUAUCUGGGGAGCACCAACAAGAUACGAGAAGAACGAAGAGGAGGCAAAGGAGAGAGCAAAGCGAGCAGCGGCUGCAGCAAGGAGGUGGCGAGAGUACUCAAGGAAAGGCGCCGACAAGCCUCCUACAUUCAAACUUCCAGAGGCAGUGCCCAACAAGGAGUGA